UUCACUUCUCUCUCUCUCUCUCUCUCUCUCUCAACUUUCCUAUUUUAACCCUCUCCCUCUCUCUCCUCCCUUAAACCAUUAGUAAAUUUACAUUCUCUUUUACACUAAUUCUCCACUUUUGAGAAUUAAAAGGUUAAUCCCUCGCCCACAAUUUGUAUUACACAACAGUUCUUAAAAACCUCUUUGAAACCCCACUCUCUCCUAUUUCUACCUUACUUUUCUCUCACAAUUCCCAAUCUAACCUUUCUCUCUCCCUCUUCAACCCUCUCUUGUAUCUACUCUCACUCUCUCUCCACCAUACUUUUCUCCCAUAAUUCCCAAUUGAAUAUUCUCUCUCCCUCAAAAAUUUCUCAAAAAAUAGAAAAAAAACCCCAUUAGUCCUCUCUCUCAUAAUGCAUAUGUAUAUAGGAGGGUGACCCAAAUAUACCUAUAAACGUAUAGGCUAAAGUAGGCUCAAUCAUCACUAUCUUCUAAACUACUUUUCUCACUUCCUAACACUCUCAAAUUUCAUACCUUUUUCUUCUUUAUCCAUCAAACCAAAACCCUUUACCUAACCUCAUGGCCUCUACAUCCUCCAAGAGACAUGAUCACUACAAAGGAAUCCGCUGCCGGGGUGGCAAAUGGGUCUCCGAGAUUCGUGAGCCACGUAAGACUAAUCGAAUAUGGCUCGGCACCUACCCUACACCCGAAAUGGCUGCUGCUGCCUACGACGUAGCCGCACUCGCACUCAAGGGUUGCAAUGCCGUUCUCAACUUCCCCAACUCAGUUGCCUUCUACCCGGUUCCUGCUUCCACAUCCCCCAAUGAUAUCCGUAUUGCUGCUGCUGCUGCCGCCGCGUCCAAAAAGGUUGAUGAUCAAGGAGAAAACAGUUACCAUAACUCUCACUACCAAUCUCCACCAACCAAUGAGUUUGUCGAUGAAGAAGCGCUGUUCGGAAUGCCAAAUCUUUUACAUGACAUGGCUGAGGGAAUGCUGUUGUCGCCCCCACGAAUGAACUCGUCGCCGUCUCGACAUGAUUACUACUCGUGGAAUUCAAGUGGAGAUGGAAAUCUUUGGAGCUACCACUAGAGAAAAAACAAACAAACAAAAAUUAACCAUAAAAAAGAUAAAUUAAAACUCCAUGAAUUGGAACAUACUUAUUUUAAUACAAUCAUGGGGGAAAAUUAAGGUAAUCAAACGACAAGGAUAUGGAAAAAAAUUUAGAACUAUGAACAAUGUUUUUUGCUUCGAUGAGAAGGUGUCUGGAACAGUAAAAAAUUAGACUGAAUGUGGGAUUUAGAUUUGGAUAGAGAGACACGGUUUUGGUUGGAGAAAGAGAUUUUGAAUUAGAUUUUGUCUGUUUCUUUUUUCUCUCUCUCUUCUCUUAAUUAUUUAUUAUGAGAUAAAGUAAGAGAGAGAUUGUGUUAUGAUGAAUUUUGAUUGGUCCACAACUUUUUUUUCUUUUUUUUCUUUUCGUGUUGAAUUUAUGAUUUUUGUUUGUAACAAAUCUAUCUUUGAACUGCAGUUGUCUGUAAUAAUUUGGUUUGUUGAUAUGUCAGACUACUUGUUUUCUUUUCUUUUC